UACGUCUAGCUAGCCCAACCUCACAAAUUAAGCCCAGUAGGAUUGCUCCCGGGAAUUAUGGGAAGGAGUAGUUCCUCGUUGCGCAGAGCAACGAUGCAGGUGACAAAAAUAAAUUUCAUAGUGCGCGUGACAUAUGAAAUACUGAUGGGGAAUAUAUCCAAUCUAUCUAGGUCUAGGCUAAGAAUUUCCCCUUGCAUUCCCUCGGCCGCUCCCGCUAGUCCUACAUCUGCUUUGCUCUGGCUCCACCGCAAGAUAUAUAUGCCCGGAGCAUCCUGUGCUCCUCCGUCUCUCUUUACGCAAAGCGAUGAAAGCGAUCUGCACCAUGCAUUCCUGGGCUCAUGGCCUUAUUGCUCCUUUUGUUCCGGACUCCCGACCAAAGCAUAUGGAUAUGGGAACAGCCUAGAAGCUAGGUGGUGAGUGAAAAACACUUCAUCAACUGGAAAAUCACAAAAAACAUACCUGAGGAUAACUACCAUAGUACCUCAUGGCGGGGAUGUCUACCAAUGCUAGCUCUAGCUCUAGUUGGAUGGUGGAGAUGGAGAAGCUGCUCGAGGACACCAGGCCAUCAGUGGAGAGGGCGCGGUGGAAGCAGCGCUCAAUCUACCGGGUGCCGGAGUGUAUCAAGAAGAUGACCAACAGAGAUGCCUACCAGCCGCAGUUCGUAUCGCUAGGCCCCUUGCACCACGGCGAGCCCCAUCUCAUGCCCAUGGAGGAGCACAAGAGGCGGGCGGUGCUGCACAUGGUUAAGCGGGCCAGGAAGCCUCUAACGAAGUUCGUCGAAGCAAUCGAGGAAGUGGCGGAUGAGCUCGAGGCCGCCUACGAUGGCCUUGAUGAUAGAUGGCGGGGAGCAAGCAGAGGUAGCUUCGUGGAGAUGAUGGUCACGGAUGGAUGCUUCCUGUUGGAGCUGAUGAGGAUACAGCUAAUUCUAGUGGAAGCUGAGGACGACGGGGGAGGGGAAGUAGAUACUGGUUACGCGGCCAACGACCCCGUCUUCAGUAGGAGCAGCUUUCCUAAUUUGUGGCCAAUAAUGAGGAACGACAUGAUCGCGAUGGAAAACCAAAUACCUCUAAUCGUUCUUCAGAGGAUCGAAUUUUCUAGUGGGAGUGACACACCCCCGAGCGCUAGAUGGAUCAACAAUACGGUGCGACUUCUUCUGUGUGGCCCAAGAUUUGAGGAAGGCAUGGACAACCUAGGCCUUCAUUUCCUGGACAUUCUUCACAAAGGCUAUUGUGGCACAAGACCAUAUUGGGAAAGGUCGGAGAAUUAUGAGGUUCGCACGCCCUGCGCAGUUGAGCUGAGCGAGGCAGGGAUCCAGUUCAAAAAAAGCAACACUAAAAGCAUCCACGAUGUUGACUUCGUAAACGGGGUGCUGAGCAUGCCGCUGUUAAGGUUACAUGAUCAAACGGAGAUGGAGCUUCUCAACCUGAUGGCAUUUGAGUGGCUACACCCCAACACGACAAACGAAGCGAGGUGCUACAUAAGCUUUGUGAACAACAUCAUUGAGUCGGAAAGAGACGUGGCACUUCUGAGAUCCCAAGGGCUCAUUGAGAACGGGAUGGGCAGCGACAAGAAGGUGGUGGAGUUGUGCAACAUUACCACAAAGUUAGGACAGGCGAACAUAUACAACAGGCUGGGCCACGUGCAGUGGAAGAUGAAUGCCCACUGCAAGAAGCGCCGGAACAAGUGGCGCGCCAUGUUCAUGAACAACUACCUGAGCAACCCCUGGGUGUUCAUCUCCCUGGUUGCCGCCUUCAUCUUGCUCAUCGCCACCAUCAUGCAGACCAUCUACACCGUCGUGCCAUUCUACACCAACAAGGGCUAGCAGGAAUUAUUAUUGUGUAGAAUAAUGUGACUUUCUAUGGUAGUUGUAUGUGCCUUUCUAUACAUGGGUAUACGUGUGUACGAUUAUUAUUUCUCUCCAUUAGUUGUACCAUUUAUUUGGAGAGAGAUUGUAUGUUACUGUGAGUUUUGGCUCUACAUCUAUGCUUCGAAUUCUCUCUGUGCAUUUCUGAGAGAUUACAGUAUGUUUUAAUUUGACUGAGGGAAGAACAUUAUAUUCA